CUUUUGUGGGUUAGGAUGGUGGUGGCCAGGCUGAGUCUCCCAAGCCAGAUCCCUGGCAGCAACCGCAAGAAAGACCCUCGUACUUGAGCAGAGUUUCUUUGGCCAGCAUCAGUACUUGAAAAGACAUUGUCAUGAGGAAAGAUUGAUGCUUAGUCACAGAAGAACCAGCCUAGCAUCUGUCCUCUUCAUUCAUUUGGUGCGUGUGAAGGGAAGGAAAAAUUCUUCCUCCAUCCUUCAAGCUUCAAGGCCUUCCAGCAGGACUAAGAAUUAAAUUUACAUGAGAUGGAUUAACAGAAAAAAAGUUUUAUGAUGUGUGCACAGAGGCCCAAUAAUGACCGGGACGCCUAAAGAAAUGACCAAGAUAAGCGGUUUUUAUAGUUUUUAGACAAAGAGGCAAUAAAUCUGUGAGGAAGUAACAGGACAGAGAAAAACUUAACUUUGGGAGCUUUUAUUAGUAAGGAAUUCUAAAGAGAAUUUGGGCUGGGGGAAUAAAUUAGUAAAAAGUCACAAGGGUUGUUAUACAGCCUUCUUGGCUCUAAAUUCCCUAUCUCUAGAGGUAAGGGUAUCUCUACCUCCUGAUACAGGGAGGACUCCUCUCAUGGGAGAUUUAUUUCCUGCUUUGGCAGGGACAGCGGAGGAGGGUCUGAGCGUUCUUGACAGGCCAUCUCUUAAGUAACUUUUAUUUGAAAUAAUCAAUGUGCCAAAGUGGCACCUUUCAGGGCAGCCUGUCCUUGGCCCUGCUACACCUGCCUGGCAUGUGUGAGCCCUCGUUGAUGCUUUUGUUUUUUCCUCUGUCUAUAAAGAGUCAUUUUGAAAAUGUCUCUCCUUAAUUGAAAGUUUAUAACUUUUAGAUCUGAUUUCUCGCGACCACGCUUACCAGAGAACCUGGGUCCCACUAUGACAGAAAAUAGCCCAUAUCCCCCCCGAAAUGCUCACUUGAUCAUUUGUUUGUUUAUUUAUUCAUUUACUGGUAUCCACUUCAGUUUUGAGUGCUGAAAUGGCCCUUUUCCUGGGUCAAAAACGGUUGAUUAGCAGCAAUCUUAUUCUCAUUCAUGGUAAAAAUUCAAGAACUUAUAAGAUAUAUAGAAAUAUUAUUGGAAGUGUUUUUACUGUUGUAGCAUUGAGAUAAAAAUAAUUUCUUUUGUGGCUAAAAAUUAUAAUACACUCACACAUGUGCUAUUAGUUAAAACCUAAAAUAGUCUAUUGUCAUAGGAUAUUUGACAUACAAAAGUGUCAGUAGUUUAUGUCAACUUAAGUAAAAGAUGUUAUUGGUUUUAUUGGGAAGAAAUGUUACUGUCAUAACUAAAAUAUAAAGUAAAAUAAGUACAAUGGAAAUGGACUUUGAAGUAGAAUAUGAAAACUAGUUUCUGAUUUGUGGCAGACGGAACUCACCAGACAAUUAAGAAGAUAAGUUUAUUCAGGCUAUUGCAAAAGGGAGAAUGUUCAUUAAUAGAAUACCUCUCAAAGAAGAAGGAGAGAAUGUGAGUUUUUAUGAAACAAGGGAGUCAAUGAGGAAGCAUGGAGGGGAGUCCUAUCUGGGAAUGUGGUUUCACCGAAGAACCCUCUUAGAGAUUCAUCGCAUUUCUAAGAUUAAUAUUUACAGUUUGGAGUCGUCAGCUUUCUCAUGAGAUGUAUUUUGGCAGCCAAAAUGAAAGCUUUUUUUGAAGUGUUAGAACAAUUCUACAAGAAGGUACUUCUGGGAGCCACACUUGAAAAUGAGAGCCAGGAAUACAUCUUUUAUCUCAACCCAGCAGUUUUAGCUCAGGAUUGCUCUACAGCCACUUCUCCAGAAUGCUCGAACCGCCAUGGUGUCCAAGGCAGGCACCAGCCACCCAGCACCACGUUGGGUACCAUUUCCGUAGUGUCUGUGUGUUUGAAGAGACACUCUCCGACAUGCAGCGCCCGAGAAAUCAUGCUCCUUCAGUUAACAGUAAUCAAAGUGAUGAUAACCAGAAUAUUGUCUGUUGAAACGGACUUCCACGCAAAGGAAAAAUACAGAGAUAUAAUUACAAUUCUUUUAAAAUCCUCUGACAUCGAUUCAACCUUAACCUGUAUGUUCCAAAACUCGGAUAAAUUGUUAUGUCACAUGGCUGCCAAGUGCCUUGCACUACUUCUGUAUUUCCAAAUGAGAGAAGAGAUAGCAUUAAGUAAUUCCUGGAUUGCUUUUUGCAAGACAAAUCUUUCUGAAUACCCUGAAAAUGAGAAAGCAGUGUACUGCCUCUGGACCCUUACUUUUAUAAUAAAGGAAAUCUUUAAAGACACAUGUUCACAAAAAACAGAAAUUUUAAAGCAGUUCCUGACUCUUUUUGACACUGCUUUUGAAGUUUUUUACAAUUCCUUAUUUUCUCAGCAUUUUGAAAGCUGCCAAGAUACCUCUAAAAUAAUAAAUAGCUUGAUAUGUUCCCUGGAAUUGCUUGAACUUCUUAUAGCUUCCAGAGUCCAUCUGAAGCUACAUUUCACUUGCCAGAGGAUUUUAUUUUUGAAACCCUCUUGUGUGCUAGGUGUUAUUACCUGGCCCGUUCAGGCUUUUGUCAAAAGGAGGUUCAUCAUAUUCAUCAAAAAGUGCCUUCUCUGGAAAGUGGGUGAAGAUCUGUGUCGGGGAUCUGGCCCUGCCCUGAUGCCACCAGAUCAGCAUUUAGGUGUAGACAUGUUGGCUUUAGCUGAUGCUGUUUUGCAAGCUGUGGAUUUGGGCUUAUUGAGGACAUUGUCUGUCCAUGGAAAACCUCCCUUCUUCGGUGGAGAUGAAGUUCAACUUGCACAUGAGCGUGUCCCUGGUCCAGAUCAUGUAAUCCUCAGAGCAGCAAGCCUACUUAUCAUUAAAUCCUUAGAAAUCAAGUUUCAAAACUGUGCUUCAGCAAAUGAAAUGAAAGUUGGUUUACAGAAUUUCAUGGCUGAGUUACUGACCUUCUUAAAGCCUCACCUUAAGCCCUCCCUUCAGCCACACAACGCAUGUGAGUGGAUCUCCAGGGUCUUCAUAGAACAAGACGAUGACAUGGUGGAAGCUGCCAGAGCAUCAUUGGGCAUCUACCUAACGUUGAUCAGAGAAUGUAAAGCUGCUGAAAGCUUGACCCAAGAAAAAGAAACGUGCACCCAUCACACACAUGAAUAUGGCUAUAAUCCACACUGCAUCUUUUUAUUCUUACUAAAAAAUAUAGGAUUUGAUGCUUCAGUUCUUCUUGACUUUUUGAUUUCAUCGGAAACCUGUUUCCUUGAAUAUUUUGUUAAAUAUUUAAAGUUACUACAAAAAGACUGGACUGACUUUUUCACGAUCUGCAAGUAUUUUGAUGUAACCAAAUCUAAAGACAACAUAAAUAUCUGUGCUUGUAGCCCCUCACUUGUCCAAGACACGAGCAGCAACCAAACAGAACUGAGACCUUCGGCUGCUCUUGGUAAUCACAGAAAUGCCCGUGCUUCCAGCUCCUGGGUUUCUGAUGCCUCUUCCAAACCUCUGAACCAGCUUGUGAUGCCCAAGGAGACCCCUGCCACGCUCCUGGCUGAUAGUCCAUCUCCCCCACGAGCUUCUCAAAGUCUGGUAGAUUAUGACAGCUCUGAUGAUUCUGAGGUAGAAGGCACAGACCAGCGUUCAGCAAACAGUAAACAAGUAUCUUUACACCAAGAAGCAGUGAAGAAAUUUCAGGACACAGUUGGAACAAGUGGGGAUGAAAAAGAAGUGAGCCUCCAGCCUCAGUCAAGGCCUCUGGUUCCCAAACAGUCUAAUAUUCUCUUCUCCGUUGAUUGGGAUACAGUCCCGAAUAACGUCUCUGAAGUGGGACUGUCUUCCAAAACACUGAAGUGCUUUGAGGAGCUACAAGGUGCUGUUUACCGCUUGCAGAAGAAAAAUCUUUUCCCGUAUAAUCCCACAGCACUUUUAAAGUUGUUAAAACGUAUCAGGGCAAUAUAUAAUGAGAGUAUGAACGCCUUGUAAAACGGUAGCACUUUAUUUCCAGGAGCUGUUUUUCCCUAAUGUAAAUUGUGCCUUAAUGAGAUAAUAGUAAAAAAAUAACAAACAAAAAACCAAAACACCCUCACAAGCAUUCUCUAAAUCAAGUCUAUCUUUUUGUCCUUUCGAAGUAACCUAGUGACUGACAAAUAUACAUCAAAUGCCAAGUCACCUGAUAAAUCACUUGAAAUUUACAGGGUUCAAAUUUGGGUUGGUCAUUUUGUUAGGUUGCUAGGGCUGCUGUAACAAAUUACCACAAAACUUGGUGGUCCAAACAACAGAAAUCUAUUCUCUCAUAGUUCUGGAGACUAGAAGUCCAUAAUCAAGGAGUCAACAGGGCCAUGCUUUCUCUCAAGGCUCUAGGGAAGAACCUUCCCCGCCCCUUCCUAUCUUAUGGCGAUUGCUGGCACUCCGUGGUAUUCUUCAGCCUGGAGCUGUGUCCCUCCAGUCUCUUCCUCUGUUGUCACAUGAGGUUUUCCCUGUAUGUGUCUAUCCAGUUUCCCUCUUACAAGGACACCAAUCAUUGGAUUAGGGUCUGCUGUCGUGUAGUAUGGGCUCAUCUUACUACAUCAGCAAAGACCCUAUUUCCAGAUAAGGUCACAGUCACAGGUUCUGGCUAGAUGUGAGUUUUGGGAAUGACACUAUUUAAUCCAGUGUUAUUUGUUAUUUCCCUCCGAGCUAUUUACAUGUUGUAAUAUGAUACAUAAGAACUUAAAAUCUCAGUGACUAUCUCUGUAUAUGUAGGUGUAUGGUCUGUUCUGUGAAAAGGAGUCUAUUCUUUAAAACACAUUUUUCAAUCACUAGAUAAUACUUCUAUUUAAAAUCGUUGUAAGGUGCCCCUGGUGCCUCAGUCGGCUAAGCAUCCAACUUGAUUUCAGCUCAGAUCAUGAUCUCACAGUCAUGAGAUAGAGCCCUGUAUCAGGCUUAGUAGUCAUUCAGGUGGAAGUGGAAAGAUCAGUGGAACUAAAAAGAGGACUGCUAACUGAGACAGCAAUGAGAUGCUAAUGUUAACCAAAUAGAAGUGCAGAGGUCAAGGGGUGCCUGGGUGGCUCAGUUGGUUUCACCCCAGGUCAUGAUCUCAUGGUUCGUGGGUUUCAGCCCCACUUCGGGCCCCACACUGUCUGUGUGGAGCCUGCUUGGAUUCUCUCUCUCCGCCUCUCCCCUGCUUACACUCUCUUUCUCUCUCAAAAUAAAUAAAUUUUAAAAAAAAAAGAAAGAAAGAAAUGCAGAAGUCAGCAAGUUUGCUAACAGUUGGUAUACAUUGGGGCAGUUUCUACAUAAUUUAAAAAGCAUAUUAAAGAAUGUGUAUUCAAAGAUGUACGAUGCGCAUUGUAAAAAAAGCAGAAAUACCUGGUUAAAUAACAUAUAUACUCUAGAAAACUUCAUACUUGUGGAAACAAUGGGCUAUAUCCAUGUUUACAGAGAUGAAGUAUCUGCAGGAAAAAACAAGUGAAUAUAUAGGGCUCCCAUCUGUUUAAGAAAAGGAGACAGGAGUAAUGCACCUAUACAUUUAUAUAUGCUUUUGUGUGUACAAAACCUUUAUAUAAGAAAGUCCUAACUGAUUGCCUCGGAAAACCAAUCAGAAGAUUUGGCUUCUCGUUGUAUAUCUUUUUUUACUCUUUUAUUUGUUUUUAACUGGGUGCAUAGUUUUAUUUUUGUUGUUUUAGUGAAAGUAACCUUUUAUUUAAGAAAAGCAGAAAACAAACUGGAUUCUUUAUGCUCCUAACGGUACAUACAUGUUGAAUUCCUUAAAAGACAUGCUUAUACUGUUGUGGUUUUGACCUAACAGUGUUUCUCUAUAAAGUUAAUAUGGAACCAUCAGCCCCUUGUUAGACCUAAAAUGAGGGAAGAGGCCAUCUUCUACGUAUACUGAGUGUUGGUAUUUCAGUCUCUGACCUUUGGGUGUAAGUCAAUUUGUCACACACUCAUGAAGUCCUAUUAGUGGUCAAGGUGACUGAUGUUGGCUAUCCUUGGCCAUUCAGAGUAUCCAAGAGCCCUUCUGAGUUAGCCCAUAAACAAAGACCAAACUAGUGAUGCUUGGCGUGAUGAGUUCCCAACCUGUAGCUCCACCUCUUUAAGUGAACACAUAAUGUGUCUCCAAGUAAGCACAAAGUAUCAUGAGUCUAAUUUAUUUAACUAGAAAUAUUAACAGAUAUAGCAAGUUCCACAUAUAAGUGUACGGCUUGAUAGAUUUUCAUAAACAGCAUACCUGUGGAACCAGUAACGACAUCAAGAAACUACUGGCAGCCCAGAAGUCCUGCUGGGAUCCCCUCCUGGUCACUGUCCACUUGUAACCAUCCCAAAUUGCGACAACAUAGACUAAUUUUGCCUGGUUUUGUUUUUUAUAAAGGGAAUCAUUAAGUAUGUGUUCUUUUAUGGCUGGCCUCUUGAACAUUAUUUGGAAAUGUGUUCAAAUUUGGUUUUUAAAUAAUUGCCAAUGAAGCGCCUUUCAGCUAUUAUUAGUAACAAAAUACCUUUAACCCCUCAAAAUUGUCUUGGCAUUCCCAGCAUGCUAGGAUGGUGAAAUUGACAAACUGGUUGAAACAAAAUACAGACUCAAACAGGUUAUGCAGGGCCUUGUGCAAUUGGCCCCAACCUGCUUCUCCAGCCUCACCUGUCGGGUCUCCCCCCACCCACUGUCUUAGCAGCACAACCUUUUGUUGUACAUAAUUGUUCAUCAAGCCCCAUCUUAAAUGUCGGGUCUGUGAAGCCUUCCCCUACUGUUCUCAACCAUUAGAUCUUAACAUGCUUCGUAUUCUCUUCACUGUGCUCUUUCCUGUAUUGUAGGGUUUGUCCCAUUAUAUUUUAAUCCUUAGUCUUCAUUUGCCAAGCUCCUUUUACAUAGUCGUUUGUGGAUAGCAUCAUGUCUGUGCCAUUAUAUGUCCCACAAAUGCUGACUAAAUGGGAUAGAGCCCUUUCCAAGGACUUGAUAAUCUCCUGGAGGAGACAGGUGUGCAGAGGCUUUCCUUUAACACUCACAUGGCACUUCCUAUGCCAGCCACUGUUUUAAGGGCUCUAAUAAUACUCGCCAUUAUGUUGGAGGGCAGGUACUAUUAUAAUCCUUGUGUUGCUGAUGAGAUAAGUAACUUGGCCAAGAUCACCCAACUGGUAAAGUGGCAGAGCCCAGAGAAUGGAUCGAGGCAGUUUGGUUCCAAUGUCCUCAUACUGUUCUCCACGAUCUCAUGCUAGAAAGGGAUAUUGGGGUCAGAUCAUCCACGACCUUCGGGGCUAUGCUAAGGAGUUUUAAUUGUUUUAUAGGCAAUGGAGAGCUAUUGAGGUUUUUGAGUAAAUGACUGGUUUUGUGUUUGGAAAAAAAAAAAAAAGGUGACUUCCAUAGCAGUAUAGUAGCUAGGCGGACAAGCAGCAAGAUUAGAAAGAGUCCUGCAGGAGUCCCACUGGAGUCAAGGGCAGUGGAAAUGGCAAUGAGGCAGCAAGUCCUGGCUGAAUGCCUGCAUCCAGCUCUCUCUCUCCAGAGACCCACUACAACAAGUGUAAAGAGGCAAUGAGACACAAGGACUGACUGAGCAAACCUUAGAAAACCAAAUUCUUGGCUGCAAUGGAGAAAGUUGAGCAUCCCGAUUACCAGGUGAAUCUCCCUGAAGACAGGAGUAUCGAGCAUUGCACUGUGUGCCAGGGGAUGGUUGAUUGAAAGCCUAUUUGAGAAUUGCCUCUAGACCCUCUGUCCAAUUUCGUGUAGCUAAACCAUUGUGCUCUCUCUCAGGUAUGUAAGAGGCUUAUUUCCCAGAGAGAGUGAAACGGGGACUUUGGACUAAGGAACACCAGGCACAGCUGAGGAUAGGCAUAUCACACUGAAAAUGGGAUUAAGUAGACACACUGAAAGUUGAGAACCUCUGUUGUCCCCAGCCUUCUCCCCCACAAGACCAGAUACCACUUUUCUGAGGAAUCUGACCAACCCGAGAAAAAAGACCUAAAGCUAUAUGGGAAGGUUCCCCAAAGAAAUUUCUCACCAAGUCACCCUACUCUGAAGCCCACAGUCACAAACCUCACCCAAAUGCAUAGACCUUCUGAUGGGCAUGUUCAACUCUUAAGUAUGAGUGAACAGCCAAGGAUCAUCAGGCAUUUGGGGAAAGUCUCUAACAUGGAAGAGAGGCCAAAACAAACUAGACAGAUGAAGCUGUUAGGAAGUUAAUCUAUGAAUAUCCUCAGAGAUAAAUGGUUAUAGAGGAUAUUACACUUGAAUUUUUUUUCAUAUAAAUGAAUAAUAUGAUAGAAAUGAGGGGUGCCUGAGUGGCCCAGUUGGUUAAGCAUCCGACUCUUGAUUUCAGCCCAGGUCAUAUCACAGUUCAUGGGUUCAAGCCCUGCAUCAGGCUCUGCUGACAACAUGGGCCUGCUUGGGAUUCUCUCCCUCUCUCUGCCACUCCCCCUUUGUGCUUUCUCUCUCUCUCUCAGAAUAAAUAAAAUUUAAAAAAAAUUUUUUUAAAUAUGAUAGCAGAAAUAAAAAACUCAACAAAAAUGUAGUCAAAUUAAUUUGAGGAAUUCUAGAAAGUAUAGCAACAUGACAAAGAAAAUGGAAAACAGGACAGAGAAACUAUAAGAAAACUUGAGGACCAGUCCACAAGUUUAAACAACAGGAUAAUGGAAGUUCCAGAAAGAGAAGGAAAAAAGGGAGACAGUACUAAAAUUCAAGAAAAAUUUCCAGAACUAAAAGACUUGCAUCAUGAAACAAUAUUUGCAUAUAUAACUGAAAAGAAAAAAAAAAUCUAAAUUUUUAAAAGGGGAGACAGGACCAACCAGAGAGACAAGUGCCAUUUUUUCACUUGUGUGGCUGAAGAUGCUGCUGUUCAUGGAAAUAAGGAAGUAGAAAGUCUUGUGAGGAGGGAGACAGAUUCAGUUUCUCCUGAGCGACUUCACACACUGUCCCCCACACAUGUUGAUGUCCAGCAGACAGACAGAAGUCCCAUGUUGAAAGUUAGAAUGGCCCUCGGCAAACAUGGAGGGCAGUUGCACACAGGUCUGAUGAAAAUCAUGGGGCAAAGUGUGAUUGCCCUGAGACUCAAGUGAGGCUGGAGAAAAGGCCUGGUGGAAGAAGAAAAGUGGCAGGCCAAGGACAGGAGAGCAAGAAAUACCCUGAGGAAACUCUGAGGUGUUAGGCAGGGCUUUGAGAAAGAAAAUGCAUAUGGCUCUGAGUAUCUCUGAGAAGAAGCUAAUGGGCGCUUUAACCAUUAGGAGGCUGUUGGUGAAGUAGGAAAGAGGGAUUUGGUUGGACCAAGUAUGCACAGGAGAAGAUGGAGAAACCUCAGGGACAGUAGUUUUCAACACAUUUGUACCAUCUCAGUAGUUGGAAUUUUUGGUGGCAUCUUUGAAGUGGUAGAAAUGCUGAAAAGCAAACUAUCUGAGUUAACAACAAUUUGAACACUAUCCCCUGAGGCAAUGUUCUUGCCACCAAGCAUCUCCUCAGGCUCUGGUCUGACCUGCUGCUGCUCCUCCCACCUCUUCUUGGCUGCAUUCAGCCUACUCCUACUGCCCAGGUGUUGGGAAACUUGACCUAAAUACUGAACUUUAAUGGGUCUUGUCAUUUACCACAGUGUAUAAAGUUGUCUUGCUCUAUUAAAAUGUCUAUUUUAAAACUGGGGUUGAUAAAAUGCUUUUUCUGACUAUAUUAUCAUAGUCCAAACUAACAAACCAAGUCUAAGUUUUUCUUGAUUAUGGAGCUGAACAACGCAGAUCAAAAAGCCCUUACAGUUAACGCCAUGUAUCCCGUCCUAAUUACAAAACCCACUAGGAUGCUUUUUUUUACGAUCUGGGAAAAACAAUGAUCCCUCUCUAAAUUUCCCAUUGACAUUGAGCUAUACCAAGUAGUUUGAUGCAAACUAAUACAGUUACUUCCCACACUGGGUAAAAUACAUGUUUGUGGAGAGCUAGUAUUGCUUGUACUUUUCCGCUUGGAACUUUAGCUUUGUUUGCAAGGAAAAUACAGUUGUUGGUUUUUUUGUUUUUUGGUUUUUUUAUACUUAGAAGAACUGAGAAAUGGGAGGUGAUCAGGGUAUGAUUUCCUUCCUGGUGAGAAAAGUUCAGGUAUUUUUAGUCUGGCUUCAGACAAGAGUCCACCUAGUCAUUGAAAGCCACAGAGUUUAAAACAUGCAUCUAUAUUAAAGAUAUCUUCUAAUGUGCUUGAGAUUGUCUGUGGCUUCAUGGCAGCACUUGUUUUUUUAAAGGCUCUAUGUCUCCCGUCGGCAUAUUUCUCCCUUGAGUCUCAUGGGACGAACACACCAACAGCACAUUUAUGACUGCUUAUGACUUUGUUUUUUUUUAAGGUAUUCAAUACGUUGUAAUAAGGACUGGUGGCUUUCCCAGAAGCUACACUAUUUUUAUUUGGUAAGAAGAGAAAAGUAUAUUUUCUAUCUCUAAAUUGCUAGGUGUUUUUUUUGUUGUUGUUGUUGUUCAUUUCUGAAAACAAAAGAGUAGUAUAGCUUUCUUGUAUAAAAUAGAAUUGGAAUUUUGACUGUCAAAUCUCUUGUAAAUGACAAAAUUCUUUCUGAGUUUGCUUAAUUUCUACAAUAAAGAUAUUUCCCUUACUCUCUA